CCGCCCGGUUCGGACUCCGACGUGUGCCAAGUGUCCUGGGAACAUCUGUCCACCUGUCCUACAGAAGUUGUGCCCAGCCAGCCUGGUCUAGCUGUUUGCCCAGUCAGGGUCCUGGUGCUGUGGGCUGUCUGACCCCCCGCCCCAGGAUGGGUGAGUUCAGCGAGAAGAAGGACACAUGUGGCACUGUCUGCCUCAAGUACCUGCUCUUCACAUACAACUGCUGCUUCUGGCUGGCUGGCCUGGCCGUCAUGGCAGUGGGCAUCUGGACGCUGGCCCUCAAGAGUGACUACAUCAGCCUGCUGGCCUCGAGCACCUACCUGGCCAUAGCCUACAUCCUAGUGGUGGCUGGUGUUGUUGUCAUGGUGACCGGUGUCCUGGGCUGCUGUGCCACCUUCAAGGAGCGGCGGAACCUACUGCGCCUGUACUUCAUCCUGUUGCUACUCAUCUUUCUGCUGGAAGUCAUUGCUGGAGUCCUGGCCUACGUCUACUAUCAGCAGCUGAACACAGAACUCAAGGAAAACCUGAAGGACACCAUGGUCAAGCAGUACCACCAGCCAGGCCAUGAGGGUGUGACGAGUGCUGUAGACAAACUGCAGCAGGAGUUCCACUGCUGUGGCAGCAACAACUCACAGGACUGGCGGGAGAGUGAAUGGAUCCGCUCAGGGGAAGCAGGUGGCCGAGUGGUCCCUGACAGUUGCUGUAAGACAGUAGUUGAUGGGUGCGGACAGCGGGACCAUGCCUCCAACAUCUACAAGGUGGAGGGCGGCUGCAUCACCAAGCUGGAGACCUUUAUCCAGGAACACCUGCGGAUCAUCGGGGCUGUGGGCAUUGGCAUUGCCUGUGUGCAGGUCUUUGGCAUGAUCUUCACGUGCUGCCUGUACAGGAGCCUGAAGCUGGAGCACUACUGACCUGCUUAGAGCUUGGCUGGGCUUCCCGAUGUCCUGCUGCAGUUUCACCCCCAACUACUGAGUUCCAGGGGGCAGGAGUCCCCUGUGCCAUCACUCCUACCUCUGGAAACCCCAAUCCUAGAGGCGGCUUCACAUGCCUUUCACUGCACACCAAAGUCCUGAGGCCUGAGGAGGCAGUGACCACCCUGUCCCUCAGGGCCCAGGUGGGGUGGGUCUGGACAAUAACGCGUCCUCUCCCAAAGGUCACUUCUGUUGGGGGCUGACAUGGGGUCUCAUGGUGCUCCUCCAGUUAGUGGUCUGGACUGGACUCCCCAGACACAUCCCUGUCUGGGGGUCAGAGGCAGGUGGGGAAGGGCCUUGCUGGAUGGGGUGAGGCCCUUUGUGCCACUGGCUGGUCUUGUCCAGGCUCUUCAGGUGCCUUUUCCUGGAGCCACAUGGCCCCCUGACAUUUGGGGCAAACAGAGCACCCCUGACUCUUGGGCCUGUGUCUCCCACCAGACUCAGUCAUACCUUACCUGGACUUUGCCUGCUCCUAAUAGCCAGAGUCCCUGCCAUCUUCCCACUGUUACCAGCCUUUAAAAUACCCCACGUUCACAUGUGCAUUGCUGUCCCCAUAUCCCUGUGUGGGAGUUUGUUCACUGCUGUAUCCCUUAUUCCUGGAGUCACCUGUGCCACUUAACAGGUGCUCAAUAAACCUGCUGUGGAGUGGA